GGCUGAGCUCCACACAGAACUUUAGCCAAGCAUGUCUCAACACGAUGUAAUCCAGGCUGGGGAAUUUUCAGUAUUGCUUCCCGAGAAGGAUUUUGAGCACAGGAUCUUCCUCCUUCUGGCAUAUAUAAGACACUUCCUGCUCUAGGAAGAAGGCUGGCAGACGGGAGCUUUGGAGAGAGCGGCAGGCCGCUUUUCUAAAAGACAGAAAAAAAUUGUUUCUCCUCCCAAAAUUCAGGCAAUUGUUCUUUUUUUUUUGAGAGAGAGAAAGACAUUUGAAGGAGGCAGAUUAUCAACAUCAGGAUGGCCUUUGAACAGAGGCUGAGCUCCACAGAGAACUUUAGCCAAGCGUGUUUCUCAACACGAUGUAAUCCAGGCUGGGGAAUUUUCAGUAUUGCUUCCGAGAAGUUUUUUGAGCACAGGAUCUUCCUCCACCUGGCAUAUAUAAGACACUUCCUGCUCUGGGAAGAAGGCUGGCAGACGGGAGCUUUGGAGAGAGCGGCAGGAUGACGUCUUCAGCUCCGUCUCUUCUGAUUGCCUGCCUUGUGAUGUCCCUCAACAGUUACACUCAGCAGGUCCUUUACUGCCCACCCACCCCUGCUCCAGAAAGCAUCACCGAGUUCGUCUGCAACUCUCCAUCUCUACGUGAAUUUCCCACCGGCUUCCCCACACGAACCAAGAGGAUCUCUGUUGAGUUCACCCAAGUCUCCAGCCUUGGCGUGGAGGCCCUCCAAAGUCUUCCCAACCUCCAGGAACUUCACCUCUCCAACAACAGGUUAAAAACUCUUCCAAGUGGCCUCUUCCGUAACCUCCCACAACUGCACACUCUGGAUCUCUCCAGAAAUCUCCUAGAAGAUCUACCUCCAGAGAUCUUCACAAAUGCAAGUAGCCUAACUCAUUUAUCCCUCAGCGAAAAUCAACUGACUGAACUGCGCCCAUCCUGGUUCGAAACCCUGGAGGAACUCAGGAUCCUAGGCCUUGACCACAACCAGGUGAAGGAGAUCCCAAUUUCUUGUUUUGAUAAGUUGAAGGAGUUGACAUCUCUAGAUCUCUCAUUCAACCUCAUCCAUCGCCUCACUACAGGGAUGUUCAGUGGCUUAGACAAUUUGGAGAGGUUACUUCUGGAAAGCAACCCAAUCCAGUGUAUUAUGGGGAGGACCUUCCAUUGGCGUCCCAAGCUGAGUGUGCUGUCCCUGAAGAACAGCAGCCUGACCCACGUCAUAAUGGGGGUCUUUCAGUUGGACCAACUGGAGCUGCUGGACCUCUCUGACAAUGAGUUCACCACACUGGAUCCUCCAGUCCACAAGCCAUCUGCCAAUUUCAGUCUUGAUCUUUCAGGAAACCCUUGGGCGUGUGACUGCCGCCUGGAGAAUCUUCUAAGAUGGCUCAAGGAUCACAACAUCCAUUUAUAUUCCAAAGAGGAAUUUGUCUGUGCUUCCCCCAAGCAUUUCAAGGGUGAACGUGCAACUUCACUUCAAACAUACCAAAUUUGUCCCUGCUAAAAUUUCAAGGUAGAUCUUUUCCCCACCUGCUUCCUGAACAGCAAGAUUUCCCAGUUUGGGGCCAUUUCCAGUUGAAUGGACCUCAACUCCCAGAAUUUUGACUGCCUACACAGAACAUCAAGUCACCUCCCCCACUGAAGUGUACCUAUGUAUCUACUCUCAUAAAACAUGGUUUUGUGGGCCAAAGCUAAGGCAAAUAUGGGAACCCAUGCAAUUCUAGGGCUUGAACCACUUGAGCCGAGACCAUCUCCAAGAUCAUUAAGCCACUGGGCCAAUGUGCUUCUCUCAUCUGCUGUUGAAUAAACUCUACUUCUACUUUAA